UAAAAGCUGGCACAUAGAUGGCACUGUAAAGUAAAAAAAAAUCGAGUUCUAAGUUUGAGGUACUUUGCGAGUUGCAAAAUUUUUCUAAUUGAAUAGAUUUAAAUAAACGAUAGCUGCUGCUAUCUGGUAUAAUUUUCGUCAACAAUGUAUUCCAGUGACGAUUACAAUGAGGGAGGAUACGAAUCAUAUGGUGACUAUGAGCCACAUACAGGAGAUCCACAAUAUGACCUAGAAUAUGAUAGGUCUUAUUAUAAGAUGCCUGAUAUGGUGAAGAAAUUCCUUGUAUAUUUCCGAAACAUGAUAAAUGAGGGAGUGACAUAUGAGAUCUUAAAUUUAUAUGAGAAUACUUUUCCAAAACUAACUGAACAGUAUUUUGAGAAUACUCCUUGGCCUGAUGAGAAUGAAGUAGCUCCUGUAGUUGAUAAUGACCAUGUCUUCAUGAUACUCUACAAAGAGCUAUAUUAUAGAGAUAUUUAUGCUCGUGUACCUGGUGGUCCUAAACCUGAACAAAGGUUCACCUCCUUCUACAACUAUUGUGACUUGUUCAAUUAUAUUUUAUCUGCGGAGACCCCUGUUCCCCUAGAACUGCCUGACCAAUGGCUCUGGGAACUUAUUGAUGAAUUUGUGUACCAAUUUCAGUCAUUUGCACAAUAUAGAUCUCGCACUUCGAAACUGAGCCCUGCUGAGAUUGAGACUUUAAACACUGAGAACAAGGCUUGGAAUGUUCUUUGCAUUCUUAAUGUACUCCACUCGUUAGUAGACAAAUCUAAUAUCAAACGACAACUUGAGGUGUAUGCUGCAGGUGGUGACCCAGACUCAGUAGCUGGAGAGUUUGGUCGCCAUUCACUAUAUAAAAUGCUUGGUUACUUCUCCUUAGUGGGACUGCUCCGUCUUCAUUCACUUCUUGGUGAUUAUUACCAAGCUAUAAAGGUGUUGGAAAACAUUGAACUGCACAAGAAGUCCCAGUACUCGCACGUGCCAGCGUGUCAGAUCUCCACUUCUUAUUACGUCGGCUUCGCGUACAUGAUGAUGAGGCGUUACGCUGACGCCAUCCGCACUUUGUCUUCGGCUCUGCUGUACAUGCAGCGUACCAAACAGCUGUUCUCGUCUCGCUCUUAUCAAAACGACCAGAUCAACAAGCAGACUGAGCAGAUGUAUCAUUUGCUAGCAAUUUGCUUAGUAUUACACCCUCAAUGUGUAGACGAGUCCAUUCAGCAAGUGCUGCGGGAGAAGAACUAUCAUGAGAAAAUGUUUAAAAUGCAAUAUGGUGACUUGGGCGAGUUCGAGAACUGCUUCACUUUUGCAUGCCCUAAAUUUCUGUCCCCGUGCCCUCCCCCCAUCGAACCCGGCUCCAACUACGGUCGUGAUGCAGUCAAACACCAGACUCAAGUCUUUAUGGAUGAGGUUCGUCAGCAGAAAAUGUUGCCCACGAUCCGUUCCUACUUGAAACUGUACACUACACUGCCGCUAGCUAAGCUGGCCGCCUUCAUGUCUGCGGCGCGCGGCAGCGAGAGGGACGCGGCCCGUGAGCACGCAGCUCUGGCCAUACACCUGCUCUGCUUCAAGCACAAGAUGAAGAACGUUGUCUGGACUAAGGGACCGAGCGGCCUCGACGGCAAGUUCCAGAGCGGGUCUGAGUUGGAUUUCUAUAUUGACAACGACAUGAUCCACAUCGCCGAUACAAAAGUAGCACAUCGCUAUGGAGACUUCUUCAUUCGUAAACUUCUGAAAUUUGAGGAGCUCAACCGUAAACUUCAUCACAUCAAGAUAUAGACAACAUUUCAUGAAAACC